UGUGUGUGUGUGUGUGUGUGUUGUUUUGAGCUCUCGAGUUCCUGUUCUCGUGACUCGUGAUGGCGCUGCCGCGGUUGCUGCUGCUGCUGGAGCUCGCGUUUUACGCCUGUUGCUUCAUCUGCGGAAUUAUCACCGCCGCCUCCGUAACUCUUUCUCAGGGUGAUUUUUCAGGGAAGUGUUUGCUGUAUGGAUCUGUGCGCUUAAACGCCUCAGAAAUUGAUGUGAGCUGGUCCAGCGCUUCUUCUCUCUGUUACUUUGUGUCAGGCAUCUCGGUGUGUGUGGCUGUGUUCUGCUUCUCCACCACGCUCUACUGGGUUUACUCAUGCUGUGUGGAUGGAGAGGUCAAAAGAGAGAGAAUAUGGAUGACUUCCUUACUGCUUGUAAGCGCAGUCUUCCUCUUCUUCCUUCUGGUGACGGGAUGCAUCCUGAAAGUCGGUCGAGACAAAUUUUGUGAAUCUGUGAUCAAAACGGUGCCCAAUAUAUCCAGGUGUGAUGCAGCACAGAGCCAGAAAUGGAAAAGCCCUUUGAUUGGGUCUAGUUUCUAUAUCAAACUACUCAAUGCUGAGACGGCAGUGUGGGUGAAUUUCUUCAGCUGGAUAAUAGUAGUUGUUCUGGUAGUGGUCCAGCGUAGAUGGGGCUCUGACUACAACACUCGGAUAGAGGACCCCGGAGCCAGUCCUUCUGAAACAGAACCCUUCUUCAAACGGCCAGAACACCCCAACUGAACACACACGAGAUGGCACAGGCACUGUGGCAUGCAUACAUUGAACACACAAUGAACCAAUCACAGAUUAAGAUAAACACCAACACACACAGAUGCAGGCACAGUACUGGUUUUGGCUACCUCGGUCAGUGGUCGUGGUUUUGCUCCCUAGUGGUAUCCAGGCCAUGUUGCCAUGGAUACUGACCAGCAAUUGGCAGCAGUAGCUGGCAGCUAAGAGAAUGAGGUUGCCAGAUUGGCCUUACUGAUUCAUACUGAUCUAAAGACAAAUUAAAAUGCACACAUCUGACUAGAUUAAUGGCUACACUUCCACAUUUAAAUGGAUAAGUUUUAUGUGACCUGCUGGCUUCAGUCGAUGAUAAAAGCUUUGGGAUGUGUUAAAAUACUAGAAACAUUCUAGUGUGGUAGUAAAAUAUCAUAAGUACAUGUAAUACAUAAUGAAAUAAAUGUGUUAUGAGACUUCUGUUAUGUUUUACCAUGCUGAAAUUUCAAAAGUUUAUUGGUAUACAGUACUUUGUGCAUUUAUAAGACUUUAGCUCCACCUGCUGUCAGUUUUUAUAAGUUCUUGUAAUGAAAAUACAGAUGUUCAGCACUUCUAAGUAUUAUUUAUCCACUAUAUAUUUAUGCUGUCAUAUGAUUUUACCUAUAUGCUGAAAGUCUUCCUUGGUUUUAGAUUAAAAUAAUGCUGUUAAUGUGACUAUCAUUUUUGUGAGAUAUUCCUUCUGUACAUAACUUGGAGAUAUGUGAGCAUAAUUGUGGAAAAGUGCACAGUGCUUGUGGGGACAUAAACCUAUCAAUGGUGUUUGGUUAAGACUUGCAUGUUGGUUGCCAACCAUGUCAUUGCUCACAGCAGGACAUUUACCUUCCUGCAUCCCCAACACAUAAUGGAAAUAUGUUUGACUGGCUUAUUAUCUUUGAAAUUAAUAUAGUUGUCCUUGUGAUCUUUGUUUUUAUCAGCACAGUUGUUUAAUGUGCCAUUCUGAGCUAUGUGAAAACUUUUUCCCUGUACAAUUUAUCGCAUGCCAACAUACAUGCGAUAUCAUUUGGAUAUUGCCUUAUUAAUUUUCCUUCAUUUUAUUUAUGUCAGUAUUCCCUGUAGACAUCUGAAAAUAUAAAUGUAAAAGUAAACUGAAUUUCUGGCUAAUGAACUAUUUUAAUAAAUUAGAUUUAAAGGUUUAAUUUGUAGUAAUAUACAUGCAUAUUAAAUAUUGGGCUUAGAAGCCGGGUUCAUGACCAUAUGACUUCUUACAGGACCUACAGAAUUUGUAUCAAACACAAUUCACCUGCUUUGUCCCUUUAUUUUUAAUUCAUUAGAGCUUUGGUGAAAUAUAAACUACCACUGGAAUUACAUGACUGUAAAAUAAUGUGGAGAGCAGAGUAUUUUCAGGAAUAGCUUAGUGCUUCAGGCUUUGAAUGGAAAGUUUUGAAUUCAAAUCCCAGCACCAUCAAGGUACUUGUAGCAAGACCUUUAUCAUUCAACUGCACACUUUCCUGCUUUUAGUUUUGGAGAGUGUGUACCCAUGAUAGCCUCAGAUUCCUGUUCUUGAAUGACAGUAAUGGUACCCACUGUGGUUUCCAUUUGUAUACCAUCAACCUAAAGGUUCAAUGUUUUGUGCAUGCUGAGAUGCUUUUCUGAUCACCACAGUUGUGAGCAGUGAUUUGAGUUACUAUAUCCUUCCUGGCAGCCUAAAUCAUUUUCAUUAUUAAAAAUGGUCAUUUUCCUCUAACCUCUAUUACCAAUAAAGUAUCUACAGAA